UUUCUCUUCCUCUGGCAGCUAUGAAUUCCGCCGAACAGACCGUUACGUGGCUGAUUACCUUGGGGGUGCUGGAGUCGCCCAAAAAAACCAUUUCGGACCCGGAGGGCUUUUUGCAGUCGUCUCUGAAAGAUGGGGUGGUCCUCUGCAGGCUGCUGGACCGCCUGCUCCCUGGGACCAUAGAGAAAGUUUACCCGGAGCCCCGGAGCGAGAGCGAGUGUCUGAGCAACAUCCGCGAGUUCCUGAGAGGCUGCGGGUCUUCCCUCCGCCUGGAAACAUUUGAUGCAAAUGAUCUAUAUCAGGGACAGAAUUUUAACAAAGUUCUCAGCUCCUUAGUCACUCUAAAUAAAGUCACAGCAGACAUUGGGCUGGGAAGUGACUCUGUAUGUGCUCGACCCUCAUCUCAUCGAAUAAAGUCCUUUGAUUCCCUUGGAUCUCAGUCUUUACUUAAUCGGACUUCAAAAUUGUUCCAGGGCCAGUAUCGAAGUUUGGACAUGACGGAUAAUAGCAACCAUCAACUGGUGGUGAGAGCAAAAUUUAAUUUCCAGCAAACAAAUGAAGAUGAACUUUCUUUUGCAAAAGGAGACAUCAUCCAUGUCACAAGAGUAGAAGAAGGUGGCUGGUGGGAGGGUACUCACAAUGGGAAAACAGGCUGGUUCCCUAGCAACUAUGUACGAGAAAUCAAGUCAAAUGAAAAGCCAGUGUCCCCCAAGUCAGGAGCAUUGAAGAGCCCUCCUAAAGGAUUUGAUACAUCUGCAAUUAACAAAAGCUAUUACAAUGUGGUGCUACAGAAUAUUUUAGAAACAGAAAAUGAAUAUUCUAAAGAACUACAGACUAUUCUUUCAACUUAUCUGCGACCCUUACAGUCCAGUGAAAAGUUAAACUCAACAAAUAUUUUAUAUUUAAUGGGAAAUUUAGAAGAAAUAAGUUCUUUCCAGCAAAUGCUUGUACAGUCUUUAGAAGAAUGCACCAAGUUGCCUGAAGCUCAACAGAGAGUUGGAGGCUGCUUUCUAAAUCUGAUUCCACAAAUGAAAACCUUAUACCUUGCAUAUUGUGCCAAUCACCCAUCAGCAGUAAACGUUCUCACAGAACACAGUGAGGAUUUGGGAGAAUUUAUGGAGAUGAAAGGCGCCAACAGUCCUGGGAUUCUUGUGUUGACCACAGGCCUCAGCAAACCUUUUAUGCGCCUGGAUAAAUAUCCUACUUUACUCAAAGAACUUGAAAGACAUAUGGAGGAUUAUCAUCCAGAUCGGCAAGAUAUUCAAAAAUCUAUGACAGCCUUCAAAAAUCUUUCUGCACAGUGUCAAGAAGUACGAAAAAGGAAAGAACUUGAACUCCAGAUUCUGACAGAAGCAAUUCGCUGCUGGGAGGGAGAUGAUAUUAAAACCUUGGGCAAUGUCAUAUACAUGUCUCAGGUCAUGAUUCAAUGUGCAGGAAAUGAGGAAAAAAAUGAAAGAUAUCUUCUGCUCUUCCCUAACAUUUUAUUAAUGUUGUCUGCCAGUCCUAGGAUGAGUGGUUUUAUCUAUCAGGGAAAGCUACCAAUGACAGGAACGACAAUCACAAAGCUGGAAGACAGUGAAAACCAUAAAAACUCAUUUGAAAUAGCAGGAAGUAUGAUUGAGAGGAUAUUAGUAUCAUGCAACAACCAGCAGGAUCUUCAUGAAUGGGUGGAUCAUCUGCAGAAGCAAACUAAAGUCACAACUAUUGGAAAUCCCACUAUUAAGCCUCAUUCUGUGCCAUCUCAUACUCUUCCUUCCCAUCCAAUCACACCAUCCAGCAAACAUUCAGACAGCAAACCAGUGCCACUGACUCCUGCAUACCACACGCUCCCACACCCUUCACAUCAUGGGACUCCACAUACCACAAUUAAUUGGGGACCUCUGGAGCCUCCUAAAACUCCCAAACCUUGGAGCCUGAGCUGCCUGAGACCUGCACCUCCUCUACGGCCUUCAGCUGCUCUCUGUUACAAAGAGAGGAUGUCUUGUAUUCUGAAGGAUCUCAGUAAGAGCCCUAAGACCAUGAAAAAACUGCUACCCAAGCGCAAACCAGAACGGAAACCAUCUGAUGAGGAGUUUGCAUUGAGGAAAAGUACAGCUGCCUUGGAAGAAGAUGCCCAGAUUCUUAAAGUUAUUGAAGCAUAUUGCACAAGUGCCAAAACCCGCCAAACACUCAAUUCAACAUGGCAAGGCACUGACCUGAUGCAUAAUCACGUCUUGGCUGAUGAUGACCAAUCAAGUCUAGACUCCUUGGGUCGUCGCAGUAGCCUUUCUCGUUUGGAGCCUUCAGACCUCUCGGAAGACUCUGACUAUGACAGUAUAUGGACAGCCCAUAGUUACAGAAUGGGUUCUACAUCUCGUUCCCGUAAAGAAUCUGCUCCCCAAGUCCUGCUUCCAGAAGAGGAGAAAAUUAUAGUGGAAGAAACUAAAAGUAAUGGUCAGACUGUGAUAGAGGAAAAGAGUCUCGUUGACACAGUGUAUGCACUAAAAGAUGAAGUCCAGGAAUUAAGGCAGGAUAACAAAAAGAUGAAGAAAUCUCUAGAGGAAGAGCAGAGAGCACGCAAAGACCUGGAAAAGCUUGUAAGGAAAGUCUUAAAGAAUAUGAAUGAUCCUGCUUGGGAUGAAACCAAUUUAUAAUGAACUUGCCUUUUUUUCUUUCUAUUGAAAGACCAGUUAUUUAGACCAAGCUGGGGAUGCCUUCUGACAUGAGUCAGUAUUACAUCAAGCGCACUGAAAAGCAAGAUUUAACUGGGUGGAAUGGUUAUCUUGCCUGUCAUGUGUAUAGAAAAGAUCUUGUUUAUUGUAUGUAUAGAAAUGAUGAAACCAUUUAGUCCAUAUGUGAUGAUAAAGAUCAUGGCUCCCGAACUGCAUUAAAUUAAAUCUGUUAGCAUCUAAAUUACCUCAUUUUACAAAAAAGUGCAGUGACUGACUAAAAGUUCAUGUUUCUCAUUAGUGACUUUUAAUUGAACAUAUAUAAAUAUAUACAUAUAUAUAUAUAUUUCUGUAAAUAUCUAUAAUUUUAAAUUCAUACAUGGUUGCUAGAUUUGGGCUGACACCAUGCUAGAAUUUCCUUUCCUCUUAUUUUUAUGGUCACAAGGAUUAGAAGACAGAGUGGAGGAUAAGAAUGUCUAAAUCCUAUUCAUAUCAUCCUUUUUGUUCUAAGUUACCCUACUUACAUAACAUCACAAAAUUAAAAGUUAAAUCUGUUCUAAUACACUUAAAUUAACUUUAUUUAUAUCUGUCCAAACAUUAAAGUAGGUUGUAAGUCUUUGCUGAAAACAGUAUUAAGAAUCUUAAGGAUGCAGAAAUUCUGAGCCCAAGAUCAUUUGACUAUAUUAAGUGAGUAACCCAUGAUUCAUACAUUUAUUUGAGAAACUGACAUGCUCCACAUAUGUGGCCAAUUAAAGAUAUAUGCAAUUGUCUCCUUUGUCUUAAUUACUGUAUCAGUGAUAAUUUGUUAUAUUUUUUGAGAUUACACACAGACUUUUAUGUAUAGCUCGUUAGCAACUUGAUGAAGUGCACUGUUUGUCCUCCCUACAAAAAAGAGGAAUCUAAAAAUCAGAUUAUGUAAAUAAAAUGUAUUAUUUAUUACACAAUCACUGCAGCCAAACAAAAACAAAUAGAGGUAAUAUUAUGAGCUAACAUUCAUGUGUAGGGUUUCUUUAUUAGGCCAGUUCAAAUUCUAUGAGAUCUAUUUUUCCAUCAGGAUGCAGCAAAUGUUAGCACAAUGCUCAGUGGGAGAGGUUUUUCCUUCUCUGGCAAAUAUAAAGCAAUAUAUACAUUUUAUGCCCAGCCAACUGAAAGUUUAAAAGUUUAAACUUUCCCUUUCUUCCUUCCCCUCCCCUUCUGCACACCCUCUGUAUAAACUGCAAAGCUAAUGGGGAAAUGGAAGUCUGGGGUUACAUUUGCUCUUUUGAGCCUUUCUGGCUGUCUCAGUCUUGCAUUUAAAAAUCUUAUUAGUGCUUUGGAGUAGAUGGAAGCCCUGUCUAAAGCAUAGACACUUUCUGUUCUGCUUCAGUGACAGACCUAUGAUCCCAGGAACUUUAAUAUUUCAUAUUUCAUGCUGAUUAUUUCCUUUUUUUUUCUAAUUAAGUCAGUUUUUAAAUGAAGUGAAUUGUUUCAUAGAGCAUGCACAAAAUCUUUUUUUAAGAGGCAAAAACCUGCAUUGCUGUAUGGUAGGAAAUCUUGGCAGAAAACUCCAAAAGGCUAGCUAGUCUCUGGCAUCAGAAAGGUAUCAGGUACAAACUAUAUCCUAUACCCAGGAAAGUGAUUGAUUGAAUUUAGAAAUUUUCUGAAUAUACUAGGCAUAAGAAAAUGGGAACUUUUCCCUCCUAAUAAUACUGCAUUCUGCUUUACUAAUUCCCUUUUAAAUGGCAGGUUUAAAAGGAUUUGGAUCCCUCUGAUAAUUGUGGUUUCUUCUCAGCUUCAACUUACUAAAGGUUUUAGUCCUGAAUUUGUUUAACUUAGUGACACAAUUAAUCUUCAUUUUUAGAAAUAUCAUACAUACAGACCUUUUGGUGUGGUUUGGAAUCUCUCAUUGACCUAAUUGAUGAGAAAAUCCAGGAUUGGGAAGGUAGAAAUAAGUAAAUUUUGACAUUCUGAUUCAAGAUUCAAAAUUUCUAUCAUGCUCUAGUUCACAUAAUGCAGAAUAUGACAAAACUGAAAAUUUUCGAGCUUUUUACUUAAGGGGUUUUCUUAAGGGUGGAUUUUGUUCCUUAAUUAAAUAUGGCUGGAAGGACAUUGCAAAGGAAAACAAUACAAAGGGGAAAAGUAUUUAAGUUUGCCUUCUUUAAGCAGAUUUUAACUCAGGAACAACAUUGAUCUAAUCUUCUCUCCAUCACUUUGUAAAAGGUGGUAUUGCUGUGUCUCUUUGCUGAGAGAUAUAACAUCUGUCCUAGCUGAAGAACUACUCUAGACAGCAUAUGCCAGGAUAGAUCUCUUACAGAACAUGCCUUAAACAGUAGAAUGAAGUAUUUAAUUCAAGUGUGAUGGUGUUUUUAAUGUCUCAUUCCUUCAUAUGGGGAAUGGUCAUUAAGAUGACCCGUGUUAAUGCGUUGCCUUUUCUUUCUGUAGAUCCCAAACCAUGAAUUAAUAAUUUAGGUUUUGGGGGAGCAGAGAAAAUGCAUCUCGAGUGUUUCUUUUUAAAAAUUUGUUCUUUUGUACAUAUACUCUACGUUUCACCGUGUGACCUUUUGAGGGGUUGGGAAUUUGAUAUAAACAUUAAAAAUGGGGCACUGUGUAUUUAACCUUUGAAAGGGUUACUUCUUUGCUCUCACCUUUUAUGGAUGAGGAGAUGAAGCCAUUUCUUAUCCUGUAGAUGUGAAGCACUUUCAGUUCUAAACUGUGUUUGAAAUGUAGCAUCUGAAAUUCUUUUUGGUGUACUUAAUGAUAUAUGUGCUUGUUUGUCUCACCAUGUGUCAUGACAUCCUGGACAUUAAACAACUGACUGCCUUUGUAUAGAUUUUCUUAAUGCCAAUUGUUUGUUUAGGAAAUCUAAAGCAUCAAUUUACAAUAACUCUGGAGAACAUUUUAAUCUAAAUGUCACAGAUAAUGUCCUGGUAUUGACUACUACAAUGUUUAUGCUACAUUGUUGUAAUUAAUAUUAAACAAUGAUUUUUUUUCCUAUA